ACUAGGCAAAAAUCAUAUGCACAAGAUAUGUUGACAUCUCUUCAUUAUUUGGAUAACCGCUUUGUUCAGCCUCGUCUAGAGAGUUUAGCUUCUCGAAGUCGUUGGAAAGAGCAAUAUAAGGAGCGGGUAGAAAAUUAUUCUAAUGUAAGUAUCCAUUUGAAGAAUGCUGAAAAAUGCUCCUGCCAGGCUUGUGGAUUGCAUCGCUACUGUAGAUAUUCAGUGCAUUUAUCAGGAAAAUUGUAUAACACCAGAACCAUGGAAACAGAUGAUUUCAUGUCACAUGAUAAACAGGUGUUUACUGUUGGCAGAAUUUGUGCUGAUCGUACCAGAAUUUAUCAUAAACUGAAACAUUUUAAAUUCAAACUGUACCAGGAAUGUUGCUCCAUUGCAAAGACAGAAGAAGUGGAGGAUGAACAGGUUAAAGAAACAGUGGAAAGAAUUUUCAGUCAGUCAAAAGAAAGUGGCUGGAUUAAGGAGAAAUACGGUCAACUUGAAGAAUAUCUCAAUUUUGCGGAUUACUUUCAAGAUGAGAAGUUUGACUGAAUUGUAACACAUUUCCUUCAGAGAAGAUUUUAUAAAUUCUUGUAAAUGUGAAGAUCCUGAAUCUUGUUUCUCUAUAUCAUGUGACAAAUUUAUAAAUUUUAUGUACAUCUUUAUGGCAGAAUAUCUUGUAUAAAACAUAUGUUCAUCUUAAUUCCCAUGACAUGGCACUCUACAGUCUAAUAAAGCUUUUAUCUGAUGUACAUAGAAAACAUAGGCUUAAUAAUUUUUAAGUCUGUAAAUGUAUUUUAAAGUUACAUAACAAUGCCUUUAUAACACAUGACUGCCAGGUGAAUGAGCUGUUCGUGUCCUGUCAGUUUAAUAGAAAUAUGUCGUAUUUUAAAAAUGUAUUUAGAUUAACAUUUAUGUAUAUUUGUUGCUACAUCCCUUUCCAGGUCUGUUUAUUAUUUUUUUGCAGUAUUACAUGAUCUUUACUAAGCUAUUUUUGAAUACUGUCGUCUAAAUCAGUGGGCCAUGGAAGAAGACUCAACGUAUCAUUCAGUCCAAUCCCCUUGCCUCACAAUCAGAGCGUAGCUUAUUUAUUCCAAGUACAGAGUGUAUUUUUCCUUUUGUAAAGUUUCCCUUUCAAAUAGAUUUCAGUCCUCUAGAGUCUUUCAGCUCUCACAUUCAAGAAUAAUUUCAUGAUAUUUAUUUUUAUGCCUUAUAUUCUUUCUUCUUCUAUUCAAUUGUGUCUAGAUAUUAAUGAUUAAGAUGUAUUUUAUUUAUUUUUAUCCAUAACUUUUCCCAUAUAAGUAUGUAUGUUAGGGUCAGAAUAUCUCAAAAGGAUAAAUUCAGCCAAAAACACUUUAAAAGCAUAUUUUGGUACCUGCGUUGCUUUGCACACCUCAAUUCUCCCAUGAAAUAAUAAAGUAAAACAAUUGCAGAGUGAA